AUGGAAUUGUCUAAGCAGCAACAGCAAUCCAUAGUUAAAUCCAAAUUGUUCAAAGGGCCUCGUUCAAUCAGUAAUCCAGAUAUUUCCAACUUGCAACUCUACAUUACUAAAGCAAAUGGGUUGAGUUCUCCUGGAAUGCUUUACAAUGGUUAAACCAAAACCAAUUAAGACAUCUACAAACUAAUCAACAAAUUUAACAAUAAAGAAAAUGAUUGGUAUAUUCAAGUUUCUGAUGGCCAUGGUACGAAUGGUCAUUAAGUAGCUCAAUUCUUAUAAUAAGUGUUACCCUCCUUCAUAGAAUAGGGUAUUAUGGGUAUCUCAUCCUGUUAUGAUAGAGAUAAGUAACUCAACACAAUCCUCAAAAAUUGCUUCUUAUAAACAAAUGAAGAAUUACUCGAUAGUGGAAUUGAUGUGACUUACUCAGGUGCAACCACUGUAACAGUAAUCUCCUUUGAAAAUGUAUUAUACUGUGCCAAUAUUGGUGAUAGUCGAGCUAUUAUAGGAAGAUUCGAUAAUAAAUUGUCAGUAAUUGAAUUGUCGAAAGAUCAUAAACCUGAUUGUUUUCUUGAGUAAGCCAGAAUCAUUCAGAGAGGAGGUCGUGUGUAAGCAUAUAGUGAUGAAGAUGGGAAUCCAGUUGGACCUGCAAGAGUCUGGAAAUCAGAUGAAGAUGUUCCAGGUUUAGCCAUGUCAAGAAGUUUUGGUGAUUAUGUUGCUAGUUAAGUUGGUGUGAUUUGCGAACCUGAAAUAAUAAAGCAUUCACUCUUGCCUUGCGAUAAGUUCAUAAUUGUUGCAUCUGAUGGAAUAUGGGAAUUUCUCUCUAAUGAAUGGGUUGUUGAAACUGUUUAUGAAUAUUAUAAAAAGGAUGAUGCUUAAGGGGCUUGUUAACGAUUGGUGUAAGCAGCAAGAGAAGCAUGGCAAAGAGAAGAUGAAGUCAUAGAUGACAUUACAGUGGUAAUUGCCUUUAUUAAAUGA